AUGGCGCGUAAUAAAACUCAUAAGCAGCGCUUUAGUUCUAAACAUGCUCUUUCAGGUAAGGCCCAGGGGCGUUCCAUUUCUUCGACUACAAAAGGGGUAAAGACGGUUCGACCGAUGGAAGCUAAGGAAAGAAAUCGACAGUCUGCCCUUGCCCAUCGGAAGAAAAAAACUGCCCUUGCACUUCAGCAGAAGCGAGUUGGAAGCUUUGGAGGGGUGCCUCGUGCGAUAGGGGUAAUUCCUGCCAAUGAAUCUGGAAAUACAGAAUUGGUCGUGCAAGGACUUUGUCAAGCAAUGUCUUGCGAUAAACCUGACUCAUGCUUUCCGUUCACAGCAGUUUCUAAAGAGAAAAGGGCAGCCUUUACAUUUAUGACGGAGAACCGGUGCAAUGACCAGGAUUGUAUUGAUAUUGCAAAAGUUGCGGAUGUUUUAAUCCUUACAUUGGAUGCAUCCCAAACUGUUCAAGAAACUAUACGAGAAAUGCAGGAUAUACCAGAGGAAGAAGAAGAAGAAGAAGGAUACUCUGUAGUAACUGGUACAACGUGGUUUGGAGACAUUGGACUCUGUAUAACCGAUUUUACGAGAGAUCUAAUUACUUCUUUAAAUGCUCAAGGUGUGCCUACUGUUACUGUAGUUCUACAAAAUCUUGAUACAUUCAGUGAGAAACAGCGUCAUAAAGUUCUCCGUGUGCACCAACGUUAUUUUUUGUCUGUUCUACCGGAAACGACUAGAGUGGUUUCUAUUACUGGGGAUCAUGAUUAUAUCUCUUUACUUCGUCAUAUCCAGGUUACAAAAUUACGUCCAUUGAUUUGGCGUGAGCAACAUCCUUAUCUCGUCGUGGAAGAAGGAAAGUACUGUGAAGAAAAUAAAAAAAUGACUAUUGGGGGAUAUCUCAGAGGAUUGCCACUUUCUGCCAAACAAUUAAUUCAUCUUACUAAUCAUGGGACAUAUCAAAUUGAAAGUAUUUCCAUAGCAGAUUCAAGUACGGGGGAUUAUCAAAUUAUUGAUGUUUCUGAAGUAGAUCAACGCGAAUCAUUAGAUUAUGUCCAGGCAAAUGCAACUCUUGAAGACGCAGAAGGACCUACAGAAGAUGAUGUUGCAUACUAUCAAUCGAUGGGAGUAAAAAAAAUUAAGGUUCCAGAAGGAGUCUCUGAUUAUCAGGCAGCGUGGUAUGACCUUGAAGAGAACAAAGUAACAGAAGAUACAAUGAUGGAGGAGGAAUCGAUAAAAGGUGAUGAUGCCUUCGCUGGAGAAGAGUUUUUAUCUCAGAAAACUUCAAAAACCGAUGUAGACUUUCUUAAAGUUGAAGAUAUUCUUCGUUUGGAGCGUAUGACAGAUGAAGAACGUGCCGCUGAAAUGCAACGAUUACGAGAAGAAAGUGAAGAGGAAGCGUGGAAUCCUGAUAUGGUAGAUACACCUAUCAAUUUGCCAGCUAGACAAAGGUUUGCAAAAUAUCGUGGUUUAAAAAGUUUUCAAACUGGUAAAUGGGAUCCUGCAGAGAAUCUUCCAUCUCAUUACGCCUAUAUCUAUAAACUACAAGGGUUGACACGAAUUCGGGAAGCAGCUUUGCGUAAGUGCGGUGAAGGUCCUGUGCAAGCCAAUCAAUUUGUAUAUAUAACUCUUGUUGAGGUUCCAAGCAGUGUUUGGUCUAAUACAAUGUCCACUGGAUUUCUUAUUGCUUCAGGACAAUUGGAACAUGAACAAAAAUGGUCAGUACUACAUUUUCAGGUUCAACGAAACUCAGAAUGGGAAGAACCUAUUAAAUCGAAAGUACCUAUGCUAGCCCAUAUAGGGUUUCGAAAAUUUUAUGUUUCUCCUUUGUUUAGCGACAUUGCUGCUUCAGAUCGCACAAAAUUCGCUCGUUUUUUUCAUCAAUCUGAAGUUUUCCGUAUGGCGUCUUUUUUUGGUCCAAUAUCUUAUCAGCCUUGUCCAAUUCUUAUGUUUGAGGUUCCUUCUUUGGAAGAGCAAGGGGAUGGCAAUAACUUGCGUCUCACAUGCUUCGGAGGAGCGUUACCUCCAAAUCCAGAUCUUUUAAUUUUGAAGCGUGCAGUGCUUUCUGGGCGUGUUGCAACUAUUCACAAAAAACAAAUUGUAGUGAAAUACAUGUUUUUUAAUGAUGAAGAUGUCCACUGGUUUCAGCCUGUGGAUUUGCAUACUCGACUAGGAAGACGUGGAAAAAUAACAAAGGCUGUGGGAACUCAUGGUUUGUUUAAGGCAUCUCUUAAUGAUCAGGUUAUGCAACAUGAUAUUGUUUGUAUGGACUUGUACAAACGUGUUUUUCCAAAAUGGACGACUUUGCCAUUCAGCAUCUCUGAUAUACCGGGGUCCUUAAAUGAAGAGGUCUGA